AUGACUGCAGCUAUUGAGAUAUCUGGGUUUUACAGUUCUAUCAAAACUCAAGAACCAUACUUCACAUGGCUCAGGCGAUAUAUGGAAAUAACUUCUCUACUUAACAUUGGUUUUGUACUCUUGGCUUUAUAUCUUAUAAGAACUGAAGGAAAGAAUCUGAAACCAGAAUAUAAACAAGUGCUAUUGUGUAACUUGUUACUUCCCGCAGUAUUCAGUUUCUAUAUGGGGUUUGUAUACCAACCAUAUAUUGUUUUCCCGUACCAUCUUCUCUUGACUGUUGGAUUUUUUCGCUUUGGGCCGUUUGUUACUGCACAUCUUUUUAAUAUCUGUUGCACUGUUGCUAUUCUUUGCUCCAUGGGAUUCAUAUAUUCAUUUUGGUUCAAUUAUAUCACUAUAUGCUUUCGAAUCUCGAGACAAAGUUCUACAAAGUCGAAUCUUAUUGGAUUAUGUUUUGGUGUGGUGUUCACAGUAGUCAAUUUUAUUUUAAUGACAAUUGGAGUCGAUGAGAACCAGUAUCAAGAUCGUGAUAAUAUAUAUGAAGGAGAUGACCGACUACGGUACUUUUUUGACGAGUACUCUAUUGCAAUAGUGAGAGUUGGUGACAAAUGGUCGCUCAAGGUUCUCAGUGUCGAAGCGUUUAUUGGAAUUGCUAUCGUGAUUAUUGUAAUUCCCAUCAUAACAUUUAAGUCAUACACAACAUUGAACAGAAUUCAUAAUAUGAUAUCCAAAACAACACUAAUUCAAUUGAAAAAUGCUCUUGCAAUCAGUCUUUGGUAUCUUUUGCAGUUUGGAUUAUUAGUUGGUAUUCCAGCAGCCACUGCUAUGGCAUUUCUUCUAAUGCAUUAUGCACCAUCAGAAAGUUUCCCAUUAGCCCUUGUGGUCUUGGCACCUACUCAAUUAACUUGCCCAGUUAUAUGUGCAUUAUAUCUAAUUGUUAUCAAACCUCUUCGUUAUGGGUUUCUGAAAUUGGUCGGUCUCCAGAGGUACGCACCAAAACCUGUCGCCAAGUUCUCAACACAGUCACAAUUAUCAACAUUCACUUCACAUGCACCCAUCAGACACACCAAUAGAAAUGCAUAUGGAUCCAUACGACUUAACUAA